CAGGCUCCACUUGGAUGACCCCUCCAGCGCUCCGCAGCUGGAGCCUUUCACCGGCCCCUUUGCCCUGGCCCGCACCGUGUCGGGCCACCCCGGCAGCUUUGACGCCUCCGCGGACGCAGCGCGACGCGUGCGGCUGGCGCUGGAGGGGUAUGCGGCGCAGGGCAGUGCCAAGGAGUUGGCAGAGGAGUUGUUGAGCGCGGAGGAGGAGAUCGGCACCAAGUUGGAGCACGCCCUCACCGCGCUGGAACGCUACCUGAGCGUGGAGCGGCCCUUUGCAGAAGCGUAUGCUGCGGGCUGCAGUGCGGAUUUGACCGUGGCCCAGGUUUUAGAGGCGCAGGAGUCCGAGGAGGAGGCCAUCAGCUCCUUGCGCGCCCACGGUGUGGCGGCAUGGCGCUCCGAACUCAUUGGAGAGCUUUUGCAGGGCUUGGAGGCUUCGCAGGCCUUGCCUCACGCCAAGGCGCCAGAGGAUGCCACGGAGGAAGGGCGUUGGUUGGCACGGGCCAAGUCGCAAAAGCUGUGGCAAUCAGUGAGGGAAGAAGGCAAUUGGAACAAGCUCUCAGACUUCUUGACCGAGCUCUCUGAACUCCCAAACACCUCCAUCUACGCGCCGGUGCUACUAGCUGCCAGGCGCCUCUGCCAGAAGGUCACCGGGGAGCCCUGGACACAGCGAUUCAAGGCGCUCGAGCUGGGCCUGGCCACCGACCCCGGCAAGUUGGUGACGUCCACGCCCCACGCGGCGGGCGGCAACCUGUUGAUGCAUGCGCUCUCGCAGAAAGAUCUUCAACUCAAGGCCUUGGAGGUCUUGCUCCGGCGGAGUUAUCGCGCCUUCGGCGUCUCCAAGGAGUCCAGCAUUCGCCUGGAGCGGAAGGAGGAGACCCUGGAAGCGCGCUGGAAGUUCCGCCACCCCGGCAUCCCCAAUGGGAAGGCGAUGACCGUCUGGCAAGGCAUAGCCAAGGUCCUCCCAGACUACGCAGCCCUGAAGAGCUACCUGCAGGGCGAGCUCUUGCGGCAGCACGUCCAAGGUGAAGCGCCUAAAGCCGGUCGGCUCCAUUUGAUCCUCCUGGGAGAUGAGGCUAUGACAGUGGCGGGCAACGAGGAAAGAUUUAGCCAAAUGAUUGGAGAAGUGCAUCAGCUCUUGCGGCAGGUGGAGGCCAAGCUCAGCGCGCUGGGCGUCACGGAGGUCCUGCUGACGCUGCCCAAGCAUGCCACCACGCUGGGCAGCAACGGCGAUGAACCACGCUAUGCCUUCUUUGCGAAGCGAGCCAGCUGGGCCGAGGUGCCGAGCCUCCGCGACUUGAGUCCAGCCUUGCCCUGUCUCAUGGAGGUGGAACGCUUGAGUGAGUCAGCCAACCACUUGGAAAGGAUGCCUGCGGUCACUUCUGUGGAUCCCAUCUCCGAAGUCUUCCUCACCAGCAACGACAAGGCCAAGGUCGUCCACGUGCGCUCGGUGUCACACAGCCGAAUCGGAUUUCACCCGGUCAGCAACAGCUGGGCUUCGCGCUUGGAGGAGUUGUUGUUGGCAGCAGUGCAUGAGAUGGACUGUGCAAAGCUGAGUCCAAAGGCGUCGGGCAGCGAAGGACGCUUGUUCCUGAACCUCACCGCCCUGGCGGAGAUCGCGGCCAUGGAUUUGUUCCGCCUGUUGGAGUCCUUCCUGGGCGAGUUCGUUGCCCGGCACGGCGCGGUGCUGCAGUCGCUCUGGGUGGACGAGAUCACCUUGAAGGUGCGAUUAGGCUCGGAGACCGAUGGCUGCCAAGGGGUGGUGCGCUUUUCAGCCACCAGCGGAGCUGGCGAGUACAUGAAGUGCAAGGCGAUGUGGGAGGAGGUGGACCCCCUCAGCGGCUUGCCACUCCAGUGGCAGGACCUCACGACGGGCCAAGAAGUCGUGGACCUCACGACGGGCGCAGCCGAGGCCGCGACGCUGCGGAGGCGGCAGGCGGCGCGGCGUGCCGGGUCGACGUAUGCGCCGGAGUUCUUGGGACUCUUGGAGGCCGCUUUGGUGAAAGCCUGGGCGGCCUUUGCGCGCAGCGCGGCCGACCUCGGCGCGGAGCGCAGCGCUCCGACCGCGGCAAGGACGGCGCCGAAGGAACUCUUGCGGGCGACGGAGCUGGUGCUGAACGAAGCUAACGAGCUGCAAGAGAAGGAACAGCGAAAGGCUGGCAGCAACGAGAUCGGCAUGUUGGCUUGGCGCUUGCUGUUGAGGACACCAGAGUUUCCGGAGGGCCGAUCGGUGGUGCUGAUUGCCAAUGAUGUGACUCAUCAGGCAGGGUCCUUUGGAGUGCAGGAGGAUCACUUCUUCAAGAAGGCCACAGAAUAUGCACGCCAGCGUGGCUUGCCCAGAGUCUACAUCGCUUGCAACAGUGGUGCACGGGUGGGCCUGGUCGAGGAGAUCAUGCCUAAGCUGCGCGUUCAAUGGACCGAUGCGGCCGAUCCCUCCAAAGGUUUCGACUACCUCUACUUGACGGAGGAGGACUACAACAGCUUGCCGACGGGCGCAGUGGUUGCGAAAUCGGUGCCGGGCGUUGGAUAUGCCUUGGAGGCUGUGGUUGGGCACGGAUUGAAAUCCAUCGAGGGUGGUAUUGGUGUUGAGAACCUGCAGGGCAGCGGCUUGAUCGCUGGAGAGACCUCCCGAGCAUACAAUGACAUCUUCACCUUGUCCUACGUCACGGGCCGCAGCGUGGGCAUCGGUGCAUACUUGAACCGCCUGGGGCAGCGAGUCAUCCAAUCAGUAGAUGGACCACUGGUGCUCACAGGAUAUGGUGCCUUGAACAAGCUGCUGGGGAAGAGUGUCUACUUUUCUCAAGACCAACUGGGUGGUCCGCAGAUCAUGAUGCCCAACGGCAUCACCCAUCAGCUCGUGCAGAACGACCAGGAGGGAGCUGAUGCGAUCAUCCAGUGGCUCUCCUAUGUCCCUCGAGAUACCUGGUCCAUGGUCCAGUCCAUCCCCUCCGUCGACCCACCUGAGCGCUCGGUGGACUUCCGCCCGGAGCGCUCCGUGCCCUACGACCCGCGGCACAUGCUGGCGGGCACCGCGCGCGACGGCCAGUGGCUCUCCGGCUUCUUCGAUCGAGGCAGCUUCGUGGAGUACAUGGCGGGCUGGGGCCGCAGCGUCAUCGUGGGCCGCGCACGCUUGGGUGGAAUCCCCAUGGGCGUCAUUGCAGUGGAGACCAGGAACGUGGAGCGGAAGAUUCCAGCCGACCCUGGGAACCCCUCCAGUCGCGAGAUCAUUGAGCCACAAGCAGGGCAGGUGUGGUUUCCAGACAGUGCGUACAAGACGGCCACGGCGAUCCGCGACUUCAAUGUGGGUGAGAAUCUACCCUUGAUGAUCUUCGCCAACUGGCGCGGCUUCUCUGGCGGCACCCGGGAUAUGUACGGAGAAGUGCUGAAGUUUGGUGCUCAGAUCGUGGAUGCUUUGGUGGAUUACAAGCAGCCGGUCUUCAUUUACAUCCCACCGGAGGGAGAACUGCGGGGCGGCAGUUGGGUUGUGGUCGACCCAGCCAUCAACCCUGACGUCAUGGAGAUGUAUGCCGAUCAGGACAGCAGGGGCGGCAUUUUGGAACCUGCUGGGAUCGUGGAGGUGAAGUUCCGCGCGCCGCAGCGCCGGGAGUUGAUGCACCGCUUAGAUGGGAAGCUUCAACAGCUCGAUGCGCAGCUGAAGGCUUCACCUUCCGAUGAGCUUCGUGAGGAGAUCCAGCGAAGAGAAGAAAUGCUGCAGCCCCUCUAUACGCAGGUGGCCUGUGAGUUUGCAGACUUGCACGACCGUGCUGGGCGUAUGAAGGCAGUCGGUGUGGUGAGGGAAGAACUCCAGUGGAGCAGGAGUAGGGAGUUCUUCUACUGGCGCCUGCGUCGUUGCCUCCUGGAGACCCGCCUGGCCCAAGACCUGCUAGUCGCUGAUCCCAGGAUGACACGUACGGAUGCCAGAGGAACAGUCAGGGGUUGGUUGAAAGAAGACGCUGGAGGCAGCGUCCUGAGUGAUGCUCGAGCUGUGGAGCUUUUGCAGCAGAUAUCGAUGCAAGAAAAGGUCCGAGCGGUGCAUGCCAGAGCCUUGAAGAGGCAAUUCCAUGAGGUGUGCGAGGAGUUGGGCCGGGCAGGCGAACUGUCCAGGCUUCAAAGGUGCUUCUUUCGAUGUUUGAUGCCAUCUCCCCGUGCGCCCAAGAGCGCGCCUUCCGCGCACGUGCCGCCGCGGGACGUGCUGAAGGGCGGACGAGGCGAAUUGCCCGGCUUGCUGGGGAACGUCGAGGGAGCUAAGAAGCCCGUUUGACGAGGCAAAGAUGAGGUGCACCUGAUGCCAGAAGUGGAAGGCUAACUUCAGCCAAGUCAGGGUUGUAUAGGGAACUGCUGGGCGGAUAGAUUCUGCGCGAAAAGAACGUU